AUUUCAAGACUUUUGACACUUUUUGAGUUACGUGCAUGAAGGUUACACUCUUUACUAAAAUCCACUGGCAAACAGGGUUUCCAACUGGUUCAUUAGGCCAAAAAUAGCGUUAUCAGCCACCGCAGCAUGAUUGUGCAGCUCGACAGAGUGAGCACAAGCGUAUCAUCAACACAUAUGCAGCGUAACUGAACGUGUCACAGAAUGACAGAUGAAACCACAAACAAACACCAACUGCAUGAAGACCAUUGAGAAAAGGGAGUUAUUCCUUUGGGUGUCCUCAGUUUACCCAUUCACAGCCUUGUCUGAAUUCUGGUUAUCAAAUGCACUCGGUGUCAUCAUGAUCCACACAAGACGGAAGUAAAAAAAAAAAAAGAGGGAAUGAUGAAGUGAAGAGUACAGCAGGGAGAAACUCAAGAAAGGAUGGAGAAGAGAAACAGAGCUAUAGUCGUGGUUUUUCUGCUCUGCGUCAUUGCAGACAUGCCAGCAGCAGGGCAAACUCUGGACGUGUGUGCCUCCUGCCACGCUAACGCCACAUGUGAUGAAAAACUUGAUGGCUCUGGCAAAGUUUGUAACUGCAAGUAUGGCUUUGUUGGAAACGGAAGAAACUUCUGUCAAGAUAAAGAUGAGUGUCAGAUAGGAUCCAAUAAUAUCUGUGGGCAGCACACCACCUGCCACAACACAUACGGCAGCUUCUACUGUACAUGUCUGACUGGAUACCACCCCUCAAACAACAUGGCCAUCUUCAUCCCAAAUGAUGGAACCCACUGCCAGGACGUUAACGAGUGCAGGAUCACAGGGAUGUGCGGAGAGGGAGGUCAGUGCAGAAAUCUGGAGGGCAGUUUUGACUGCAGCUGCCAGCUGGGAUACCGAGUCCACGAUGGAUCAGAGCCCUUUCACCCUGACAGGGACAAGGCUUCCUGCAAAGUGGUGGAUUGUGGGCAGCCGGCCUCUCCUGAGGACACAGUUCUGCUGUCAAAAACUGGGACCACAUACGGCAGUGUGGCCAAGUUUGAAUGUGAUGAAGGCUUCCUGUGGAGGAGAGGGGACAAUACCUCUGUGUGUGGUGCUGAUGGACUGUGGAGAGGACCAACCAUGGUCUGUGAAGGGGUUUACUGUGGCUCUCCCCCUGACCUUCCUCACUCACGCAUGCUGUGGGAUAAGAGAACAAUGAUGGGCACUAAGGUGGUUUAUCAGUGUGACUCUGGAUAUCAUAACGUUGGAAAGGGAAAUGUGUCUGUCUGUACUGCUGCUGGAAAAUGGGAGAGAGCUGUGCUCUGCCAAGAGAUCUUGUGUGGAAGCCCUCCUUUAAUUGAGUCCACAGAGCUGGUGUGGAACGGUAACAAAGCCCCUGGCAGCACUGUGCUGUAUUUCUGUAAAAAGGGCUUUUAUAGCAAAGGAGGACACAAUGUAUCUACUUGUAAUGAAAAGGGGCAGUGGACACGCCCAACUCUCUCUUGCCAAGAGAUAUUAUGUGGGGACCCUCCUAUACUGCCCCACGCUGGGCAAAAGUGGAAUGGCAGCUCCACUCCUGGAAGCACAGUGACUUACUACUGUAAAAUAGGAUUUUAUCAAAAUGAAGGAAAUAAUACUGCGUCACUGUGCACAAUUAAAGGUUACUGGACAGAGCCACAUAUCUCAUGCAAAGAAGUGGACUGUGGUACGCCUCCUGACAUCUCUCAUUCAGUCCUGCUGUGGGAUCAAAUCUCCAAAAUGGGCUCUCAGGUUGUUUAUCAGUGUAACUCUGGAUAUCGCAGUGUGGGAGAGAGAAAUGUGUCACUUUGUACUGCCACUGGAGAAUGGGAUAAGGCCUCUAUACUCUGUGAAGAAAUAGAUUGUCAGGAGCCUGUUUUAAAGCCACAUGCUAAAACACUAUGGGAUGGCGUGUCACACCAUGGCAGUGUGGUGUAUUACCAAUGUGAGGAAGGAUAUCACACAAGGAGCCUGAGAAACUACUCAGUAUGUGGAGAGAAUGGACUGUGGGAGGAUACUGAUCUGUUGUGUGAAGCUAAAUGUGGCCCAGCCCCCCUCCUCCCCAACUCAGAGGUGGUAUGGCAUAACAGAAGUGUAGUGAUCCAUCGCUGUGUGGAUGGAUAUCACAGCUGGAGGGGUAGUAACGUCUCUCUGUGCAGCAGCUCUGGGGUUUGGCAGAAAGCUACGCUGAAAUGUAUAGAAAUCAAGCCACCUAUCAAUCACCUGAUUGUUUCUAAUGAAAAAUGUUUACAUUGGAGAGCAGAAAAGUAUGAGGAGACUACAGAAGUUUAUAAGGUCACCUACAUAGGAUCCAGAGACUAUCAGCGCUCCUUUCGUGACACCAGGAAGCGAUUUCUGAACUCCAAAUCUGACCAGGUGGAGGUCUGUCUCAACCUACUUCCUGUCACCAACUACACUAUCUCCAUCACUGCAGUGUCUGCCAGAUUCACAGCCACCAUCACCACCAACACCAGCUUAACAGCACCUCCAGAACCAGUUGUCUACUACGAAGAGUUUGAGACUCCUGUACCAACGUUGAUGUUACACAGAAAACCCAACACUCUGGACCCAAUAAGUGUGUACCAAGUGUUUGUGCUUCCUGUAGAGGGGAUUAUGGUGUUUAACUGUUCCUCACCCGUGGAUCGUGGCCACUCAAGCAAACCCACCACAGAGUACAUCACAGCUCUGAUCCACGUCAGUCACAUCGGCACAGAGAUGAACUUCACUGUGGGGGAUGGACUCUCCUAUGGAAGCUUCUUUAAUGCACCUCUGGAGAAUGGCAGGAACUACUAUAUCAUCUUACGAGUGGUCAGUCAGUGGAAAAAGGAUUUAAAAAGUUCCUGUGUCGUGUGGGCUAAAGUAAGAGCCACAUCCUAUGUUCUGAAGGUUUCAUCGCUGGCCGCCGCUGGAACAAUAGGAGUUGUUGCCAUGGUUGUUUUGGGUGGAUACAGUUGCAGCUGGUUUUUCAAGAAAACAUGACGAUCUUUACUGCUGAUGUUCUGUCAUUUUAUUUCUCACAAUGAUAAAUGAAGUCUUGAAUUUCUCGUUGUAAUUUUGUACAUUUUAUAAAUAAUUAUAAUAAACCUUGA